GAUGCGAGACGAGCAAAUCGCCGACAGUCGACACGUCUCCCGCCGUAGCGACUAUACUACUAUCAACGUACCAAAAUUACCUCGGUAGCGCCCGCGUGGGUCGCACACCUUCCGCGCCUUUUCUUCCGACUUAUUUAUUACAUCGGCGUUCGGGGUUGUGUUUGGUGUAUUGUGUUUGUGUGUUUGUAGUGAAAUCAUGUGCAGGUAAAAAGCCUGUCAGUGCUCGAAGUGCAAGUUUCCAACUUAAUUAUUGAUUAUCAAGCACAUACACGUCGCGAGAAUUUUUCUUCCUCCAUCGGACAAGACGCCGAAAGUCGUUGCAUUGUGCAUCCGCAGCAAAGUGCGGACAACAGGCGAUGCCCACCAGGCGAGGCCGCAACCAGCCAGUGGAGACCCCGGCCGAGUCGGAUGGCGCGACAGCAGUGGCGAUCGAAGGCUGCGCCUAUCGGGGCGAGGGAAACGCCAACCUGGUGGUCGCGCUGCCAUCGGAGCGCAAGGUGGUCCGCCUGAGGAAGUGGGCUGGCGCCGACGUAGGCAGUCCGCGGCAGCAAGAGACGCAGGUCCGCCGGGAGGUGGACUUCAUCAGACGCGUGGUCUGCCGACACCUGGCCGCCUACGUGUGCGUGCCCGAGAUCGUGCGCUGCGACCGCUCGCAGAUCGCCCGGUUGGCCGGCGAGAUCCGAGCCUCGCGACCUGAGCACCGGCGCACCGAGGACGACCUGGGCGUGUACGCGACCAAGUUCCCGGACUACACCUACCUGGCGGACGAGUUGCACGGCUGCGAGUCCUCAGCGGCCACCUUCUGCGUGGAAAUCAAGCCUAAGCAGGCGCACGUCUGCGAAGCCGAUCGGCUGUUCGCCAAGUGCCCUUACUGCCUCACGCAGUACUACAAGACGCACCACGGCAGCACGAGGCGGCCGAGCGAGUACUGUCCGUUCGACUUGUUCUCCGGCGAGGCCGAGCGCACGGAACGCGCGCUCAAGGCUCUCCUGCGUUCGCCCCAGAACAACCUGAGGAUCUUCAAGAACGGAGCGAUCAUCUACGACGACGAGAUCGCCAACCGAGACGAGGCGAGUUUGCAGCGCGUUCUCGAGGAAUCGGAGCUGGGCUCGAGCUCGCUGCUGGGGCUGCUGGGACAGGCGCUCGCGCGGCCAUUCGACGCGGCGGCCGCCGCAGGGAGAAAAGCCCGGGACGUGGGAGAGGAAGCGAGACUGCCCAGCUGGCUGCCCAGCUGGCUGCCCAGCUGGCUGCCCAGGCGGCUACCCAGCGAGCUCGUCGAGCGCACGAGAAGCCUGCUGUGUCUGGCGAAGCAGGUAGGCGCUUCGCAACAGCCGUUCUCGAAUAGUUGGCGAGCUGAGCACAGCCAGCAGCCGCAGUGGGCUUUGCGUGGCUUGCGUUGUGAUCGACAGGCGUGCGAGAUGUCUGGCGAGGAGCCGCGCCGGCUCCCCGUGGGCUCCGUUCUCGAGCGCAUUCUGCGCAUGCAACGGCUUCACCGAAGCGGUGCCGACGUGGUCGCUUGGAUUCACGCCAGUCUUGGCACACUGCUCGACGACGCAAUGGUCUAUGCGGAGCUUCGAGACUGCCAGCCGCCAGCUGCUGCUGCCGCUGCCGCUGCCGCUGCCGCUGCCGCUGCGCCUCACGCCGACAGAGCUGCCGUUGGCGAAGCAGCGAGCGACUGCGCGUUGCGGGAUAAGCUCUUCGGUGCCACUCUUGACAACGAUGUGUUCAGAUACUUUACGAUGCAACAAUCUUAUGGCAUUUUGAGAGAUUACUUGCUCUUCUGUACUGCAAGAGACUGUUCGAUUUUGAUUGCUUUUCAACGGAUCGACAAAGAUUCAACCUUGUGCCAACAUUCGAUUCAUCGAAUCGACCUAUCCGAAGAUGAGAGCUACUUAGUCAGCGUUCGAAUAUUAGAUCUAGAUAUGAAGAAAUUGCAAUGCAUUAAGAAGCAUCGUCAAAGGGAUAAUGACGUAUUACAGGCAGCUAUAAAAGAAUUAGAGAAGCAAUUAAGGCUGUGAGAUGUAAAUCAAAUACUCAGUCACCAGAGUAUUAUCGUCGAACAUUUGAAGAUUAAAUCAUUGUGACGACAAGAGAUAACAAGUGAUAGAUAACAAAAGAGUGAGAUCCUAGAUUGUGCAUUAUGUUUAAUCAAGAUCAUAUUGAUUUUGCGGAAAUGUAGUUCAAUCGAGUAGUUUUUUUCCAUUUCAUACACAGUAGUAAACAAUUUUUCUGAUAUCAAAUUCAAGCUAUACAUAUAUACAUUUUAUACAUUCACUUUGAAUUAUUAAUAAAUCAUUAUGUUUAUUAAUCAAAUGUUUUCUAUAUAAACUGCUGAUUAUUUCAUUUUUUCUGUAUCGCAAAGUGCAUAAUGAAUUCGUUAAGUGAUUAAUUUAUUAACGAUUGAUUAAAGGAAAACAGUAU